UUGAUUCAUUAUAGAUAACAACUGAAGCAAGUGAAGAUGGCCAACAUGCAAAUUGUCCCAGCUUACAACAACAGUGUAGAGGCACAGUAUGUUGAAAUGAUGGUUCCAUUGUAUUCCUAUGGAUGUGAGAAGAAAAUAAAGAAAACCUUCUCCAAUCUUAAAGGCAUAUACUCUGUGAAUGUGGAUUACUAUCAACAAAAGGUGACUGUGUGGGGAAUUUGCAACAAAUAUGAUGUGCUAGAAACGGUGAAAAGCAAAAGAAAAGAUGCUAGGUUUUGGAACCAAGAACACAAUGUUGUAUUAGAGAAAUCAGAAUCAGGUUUUCCUCAAAAACAUUUCAAACCCUCUUUAGCUUUAACCAAGGUUCGAUCCCUGAGUUUGAAAGCAUGGAAGAAGGUCUUCACUAGAUCAUAUUCUUUCUGAACUACUAACUCAUCGGUGCAAGAAAGGAUGUUUUCAAAACAAAAUGAGUGUAGAUUUUGAAAUCGAAAUGUUAAGUUCCAUAUCUCGCUUCUAUUGUACAUACAUUUAUCCUACCAUUUGACCUUUUUAUACACAUAUUCUUGCACUAUUUCCUUUUACAUGU